AAAUUACAAUAUUCAUUAUCCCCCACAUCAUUCAUCACCAUUCAACAAUUUAUCGACCGACACCUUCUUCUUCCUCGAAAAAGAACCCCUGAAGUAGGGGAAGGGUUUGUGAAAAGCGAGGGAAAUUUCACAAUUCAUCUAAUUGUUCUUUUCAGGUUUCAUUGUUGUAUCAAUAAGUGGGAAAGCAAGUUAAAGAUUGAAGAUGAAGGCCUUGAUUCUUGUUGGAGGUUUCGGGACCAGGUUGAGGCCAUUGACACUCAGUGUUCCUAAGCCUCUCGUCGAUUUCGCUAACAAGCCCAUGAUCUUGCAUCAGAUUGAAGCUCUGAAGGCUGUUGGAGUUACUGAAGUGGUUUUAGCUAUCAAUUACCAACCAGAGGUGAUGCUGAAUUUCUUGAAGGACUUUGAGGCCAAGCUUGGAAUCACAAUUACUUGUUCCCAAGAGACUGAACCUCUGGGUACUGCUGGUCCGUUAGCUUUGGCGAGGGACAAAUUGAUUGAUGAAUCUGGUGAACCAUUUUUUGUUCUCAACAGUGAUGUUAUUAGUGAGUAUCCGCUGAAACAAAUGAUCGAGUUUCACAAAAGUCAUGGAGGAGAGGCUUCGAUCAUGGUGACGAAGGUUGAUGAACCAUCAAAAUAUGGAGUUGUAGUUACGGAGGAAUCAACUGGGAAGGUGGAGAAAUUUGUGGAAAAACCUAAAAUAUUUGUUGGUAACAAGAUCAAUGCUGGGAUUUAUCUAUUGAACCCAUCUGUUCUUGAUAAGAUUGAAUUAAGACCCACAUCCAUUGAAAAAGAGGUCUUCCCAAAAAUUGCAUCUGAGAAGCAGCUAUAUGCAAUGGUUCUACCAGGUUUCUGGAUGGACAUCGGACAACCAAGAGAUUACAUAACUGGCUUGAGACUCUACCUUGACUCGUUGAGGAAGAAUUCACCCUCACAACUUGCCAGUGGCUCUCAUAUCAUUGGAAAUGUGUUGGUCGACGAGAGCGCAACAAUUGGAGAAGGGUGUCUUAUUGGGCCUGAUGUAGCGAUUGGACCGGGCUGUGUGAUCGAGGCUGGUGUUAGACUUUCUCGCUGCACAAUUAUGCGUGGGGUUCGGGUCAAGAAACAUGCUUGCAUCUCCAGCAGCAUCAUUGGAUGGCACUCGACUGUGGGGCAGUGGGCACGAGUGGAGAAUAUGACUGUUCUUGGAGAAGAUGUUCAUGUCUGUGAUGAGAUUUACAGUAACGGCGGAGUUGUUCUGCCUCACAAGGAGAUCAAAACCAGCAUUUUGAAGCCAGAAAUAGUAAUGUGAGUCAGAUAGUUCAUCAUCAAAAUAGAUUAUUCUCUGGAAGUUGUAAUUUAAAUUAAAUCUCAUAUGUUCUCUGUUGCAUACUUGCAUUUUGUAAGAGUGAGUAUUGGCAAGGUUUCCCAUUGAUCAUCUCUUUGUGAAGUGUGUUAUUUUUCUAUCCCUGCUCCCCUUUCUUGUGUGUACAUAGAAAAAUAAUUGUAUUGGUUCAUUUGCUCUCUUCUGUGGUUCACCUCAUUGAUUUUUGGCUGUAAUUUUUCAAUAAACAUUAAUGUCAAGUCCCUUAGAGCAUUGUUUAAUAUCAGAAUCAGUUUUUAGUUUC